AUGGUGCUUCCAGAAAUAGAUAGUUCAGUUUCCUGGGAGAGUGAAGAUAGUAGAUGCCUGAAAAGGAAGAAAUUUGCUCUAGGGAAUCAGUCCAUCAUUCCACCAUCUUCUGAAGAAGGAGUUGCUGUCUUUUCAGAAAUAAUUACUUCAACCCUUACAUCUGAAGAAAAUGAAGGUAACUUUGGAGACAAAAUUUUAUCAGAGGAGGAAAUAAUAUGGGCAGGUACCAGUGAAAGUAAAUAUCAAGUAAGUCACUUUUGUGAACGUCACAUGCCAUCUUCAGUUGGGACCAGCUCACAUUUGUCAUUCUUUUGUUCAAAAGUAAAGGAAAUUUUUCUUAGUGAUAGAGAGCAUCCAGAAAAUGAAUAUGAAGCAGUACAAUUUUCCUCAAAGAAAUUGUUUUCAAUAAUGAAAACCAACAAAAAUAAAAACGCAAGGUUUUCUUCUGAUUAUAGGCUUUCAAAAACUUGUAUAGUCACUGUAGAAAAUGAAGAUCUCAAUACGGCACCAUGCCCUCCUGCCCUUUUAUUUCUUUCUAGAGACCAAGUUAAACUUUUGGAAGAAAAUGUGAGAAAUCAAAUUCCUUUAAAACAGAGAGCAUUAGAAAUUAUAAGUAAUUAUCUGUAUUCCCGACCUCAAGAGUCAUUGAUUCAGGAUCAACAUUCUGUUGAGAUUGUUAUUUCUACCCAAGCACAAGAUUUUUUUCCAGAACAAAAUGCUAUGCAGAAUCAAGAGUUUUAUGAGACACAAUUUAUUAAUCAAGCCCAACAAUUUGUUCCCAACCAAGAAUCAGUCAACAGCCAGUCUGAUAUCAGGGCUAGCUAUUUUGCUCAGGCUCAAGAUUUGAUGAAGAAACCAUUUUACAGCAGCACACAAGACUUCUUCCAGGCCCAAGAUACAGAUAGGAGCCUAUAUUAUACCGAAGCUCCAUAUUGUGUUGAGGCACAAGAUUCAAUCAAGGGCCUAGAAUUUGAUGAAUACUUAGAUGUCGCCCAAUAUUCUGUUUGGUUUGAAGAUUCCAACAAGAUUAAAAAUUCAAUCAAUGUGCAAGAAAGUGUUUGUAAGAAUGCUGAAUUUCUAGUUUUAACUUUUAGUCCACAGUCAAUUGCUGAAGAUAUGUCACAACUACAGAUGGCAAAGCCAAAAGACCAGCAACAAGUUGCUUUAUUAGAAAUAAACCAGUAUUCUAUAUGUAGCCCAAUGCUCCUUCCACCUACUGUUGAAGGGCAGAAAAACAGAAGAAAAGCACCAAAUUGUAAAAGCAAACUCAGUCUUAAAGUUCCACCUCUAAAAGCAAAGAAAACUCCUUCGCACGAAUCAAAACUCAUAAUAUGUCACACUUCAAAAAACAGGAAUGAGUUAGAAUGUGAGAGUAACACUGUCAAGAAAGAAUUACAGCAAAGAAAAGAUGUAUCAGAUGUAACUUCGCAUCUUAUUUCUAUCUCCAGGCUUAGUACUCCUCACAUUAACAAAUAUUGCCGAAAAAAACUAGUGACAGGCAUGCCAUGCUUACAAAAAUGUGGAUAUUUUCUGCAAGAACAAAAUAAGUCACCAGAUAAAAAGAAAAUCAAGUACGCAGAUUCUAUUAAGAGAGAAAACCCAGGUAUCAUUAAAAAUGUAAAACUGUAUGACAAAGAAAAUAUAGGACUAAAAAACAUUUCACCCAAAAUGUUACCUGAGCUAGAACAAUCUUUCACAGUCAACACUGAAGAAGUAAAGGCAUCUUGCACAUUAUUAGAAGCAAACCAGAAGAGUACAGAGUCUCCUAAAGACCUUAAGCAAACACUUGACCCACACAUUCCAAACCAUGAUAUGCCUUCAGAAGAAACAACAGGGGAACCUGUGCAGAAACUUGUUUCAUCUCCUAAGAUGAAAUCAAACGGAGGCAUGAAAGUACAGGAUGAUCUACCAAGUAAGGAGGAGUCCCAUCUACCACUUUCAAAUGGAGAGGAGUUUGCAGCUACUACACUAAAUAUGCAGAGGUGUUUUCCACAGGAAAAUACACAGCAACAAAAAGAUUUUCUGGAAGUUGUUAUAGAAAUGUCAGAUGUCAAUUUACUCAUUUCCCUCGGAACCAAAAGGUAUAUAAGUAGUGAAGACUCAGAAGGCAUAAAAAAUCCAGUGAGUACAAAAAGUGUCAAUCUGAAGCAAAAGAAACCAUUAAGACUUAAUAUUUCAGAAAAUGGUAACCUGAGUGAAAGUGAGGAAUUGGAGUGCAACACUGGCAGCUUUAUAAGAAAUAUGCAUCAAGAUGAAAGGACAUCUGAUGCAUUUGAUAAUGCCACUUACACUACCAUUCCUGAACCAACCAAUGUGGAAAUGCACGGCAGAUUAAAAGCCAAGACAGAUACAUCAACAAUAAUAAUAAAGGGAAGUCAUUCAGCAUCAAAGCAAGAAAAAUUGCCAGAUGCAAAGAGAACAAAGAAGGCAAAAUAUAUUCGAAGCUCUGCUUCUAAAAAGCCAGAACAAUAUGAUAGUGAACAAGGGGAAGAAGAGGAACAAGCAGUAGUUCCUCAGGUGACCCCAGACUUCAGGUUCAGCCUACAGCUGAAGCAAAAGCCCAAAUAUGUCAAAUUUGAAAUGGAACAAAUCUGUUCAGGAAAUAGAAAAUCUCAAAAUAAAGAGCAAGAAAUACCAUCACAAACUCUUUCUAAUCAAACUAUUCUGGAGACGAAUCCAUGCCCCAUGAUGGAUUCAUUUCAAGUUGAGAAACUGAAGCAAAACACAGACAGAUCUGCAGGCAAAGAAAGUGCUAUGGAUCAUAUGAAUCUUAUCAUUCCAGAGAAUUUGCCAACUGGUGAAUAUUUAAUUGAAACAAUGGCAUGUUGGGUCCCCUUUGGUGGAAACCCCAGAAAGACAUUGCAUGGUCAUAUUACAGAGGAGAAGGAACACUUAAAAAGAGAUUUACCUGCAGUUGCUAUGAGGUCUUCUCAAAUCAGAAAAGUACUGUCAAGAACAAAAAAUAUACUCAGUGCCAGGCAUGCAAUUAUGAAAGUAAAGAAGUUAGCAAAUUCAUUAAUGCUUUGUACCAAGAGACAUGAUGCUCCAAGCCAUAGGAAAAAAAUGGGAGAGGGUUUUAAAGUUAAGAAGAUGCUGCAAGACAAAAUUUUGGCAGACGCACUUCUGGAUGUCUACCCUCACUUGUCUAUUUUGCCUAAUGCUAGAAUGGAUAGCAGAUUAAAUGCAGAGAAAAUCACUCAUGUCAGUCUCAUACAAGAGAGAUCCCAUGUUAAUAAGGAAAAUGAAUCUCAAAACACACUAAAAGCUAACUUGCAAGAUGAAGUGAAUGAGGUCAGAGACCAUCUACCAAAAGCAGUCCCUUAUGCACAUACAAUGGAGGAGAGUAAAGCAGAGAAAAAAAUGCAUCAACCAGUCCCAUUUACUGAAGCCAUGAAGGAGUCUGUUGAGUCCCUUAGAAUGGCUCCACCUCACACUGAAAAUUUGAAGAGAAGCCUAGCAACACAGACUGACUUCCAGUGCACAGCAGGCUUGGAGAUAUCUCCUCCAAUAUCAGAAAAAUCACUAAGGGGAGACCCUUUUGAUCAAACAAAAGAAAAUAAUGUUCCAAGUAUUAGGAGUGAUACAAGGGAAAUGGAUCACCAUUUUGCAGGAGAAAAAGCAGAAUUACCAAAAGAUUUACAAGAAACUUCCCCAGAAACUUUUAGUUGCUGCAUGCCUGUGCGGUCUGACUCUAAAGGGAAGAAAAACAGAGUAAGAUUUGCAAACGUGACAAAUACAGUGAAAUUCAAAUGCAUGAAAAUGAAGCCAUCAGUCUCACAAAUUUCCAGUAUCUCAAGCCAUAGAGAGAAAUUGGACUUUAAAAACAAGGUUAAAAAGAUAAACCCAAUUAAAGACUUGGUACCCGAAUGUCUAAACGCCCUCUACUCUCCCAUAUAUGAAACACUGCCAGGAGAGUACUCUCAAGCUCAGAUGAAGCAAGGAGAACUGGCAAGUAAAAAGUAUAUUGAUGUCUUUGCUAAGAGUAGUGUAGUCCAUGAGAGAGAGGUUUUCCAAGAAGAGGAGGAACAAAAAGCUUCCCUAGAAGUAGCUCCACAGGAGAGCCAACACCUGUGGUCUGAUGCAUGUCAAAUAAAGAAAACCCACCUUGAUGAACCAAACCUAUCACUGAUCUGCUUAACACAGGAGCUACCUAUUAUUGGGCAAGGCGUGCAGCACCAAGCAGUUUUCCCACAAACUACUUUGGAGGCUAGUCUCAAAAAGGAUCCCACAGAAGCUGAAUUAUGGAAACCCAACCAAAUGCAAAAUGACAUAGAAGUCCCUAUGGGUCCUAAGAUUCCACCUCUCCAAGCGGGAAACUCAUCAUGUUAUGAAUUUAACACAGUGAUAAACUGUGGCUUGCCAUCUGGUGGAAACCCUAACAGGGAACUAGAUUCAUAUUUUAUGCAAAAAAAUUCAGAGGUGCCAAUGGAUGUGCAAGUGACAAUCCUGCAGUCUUCUGAUUCUGUUAUAUUACCCUAUGUUUCUAAAUUUAAAAGGCAGAAAAAGACAUUAAGAUUAGCAAGGAGGCAAAGACCAGAGAGUCGCAGACUUAGAACUAUGAGGGAAAUAAAGCCAUCAAUCUUAAAUACGCUUAAUGGCAGAUAUAGCAAGGAACUGCAGAACAAUAUUAAAAUGAAGAUGAAAGGCCCACAGCAAAGAGAAAAUGCAGCAGAUACAUUUUGGGACAUCAUUCUCUCCAAGGUGACCAUUUUGCCCAACAUCAAAAUGAGGAGAAGUUUAACUGUGGGGAGAAUAAAUGUGCGAAGAAUAGCAAGAUUUGGUUAUAUGCAGUUAAUGCAAGAGAAAUCACUAAGUGGAAGAAAAGUAUAUUGCCUAGAUUCUACUUAUAUGAGUAGUUUCUCUAACAGAUUGAAAUGUGGAAAGGAGAGGGAAGGGGAACCUAAAGCUUUACAGCUUCCAGAGAGUAGUCAUGGCUUCAUAUUCAGCACACAUCAGAAGAGAGAUCAUGGCCUUGUUGAAUUUGGUGAGAAAUUGUAUCAACCAGGAAGUACAAAUACACAGGCACAACCACAGACAAAUCCUACAUCAACUAUCUGGCGUUCUGUUUCAUGCCCCAUGCUAGAUCAAUUUCAAUCUGAAAAGCUGGAGACUUGGGUUAGGUUUUCACCUCCAAAAUCUAGGGAUGCAAAGGUUGUUUCUGCAAAAAAAGGUGGAGCCCCAUCUGAUGUAAGCUGUCACAAGGAACAGGCUGAUAGUAAUGAAAAUAAAGGAACAGUGGCCGUUCUUUUCUGCACACCAGCUUUAUCUACAUCUGAAAGGAAGAGAAACUUCAAACAAUUUUCAGACAUGAUAACUAAAGUGAAUCUCAAAUAUGGAACUAGGAAGGCAAAGAAAUUACCAGUUUCAUACAUGCUCAAUAUCAAGGGUUGUACUAGUCCAAACUGUAGGAAAAAAUCAGUAGGGAACUUAACUAAAAUGAAAGACAUGUAUCAAAAUAAAGAAGUAGCAGAUAAAAUGUACUCUUCAGCAACUAUUACAUCUGAUAUUAAUAUGUACAACAAAAUAGAAAGAAGAAAACGCACAAGAGAAAAACAACUCAGUUCUACAAAAGUAAAGCAAAGGAAUGUUAAUUCAGAUGACAUCAAAGAAACCAAGCUUCAAGAUCAAGAGAAAGAAAAACGUAAACAGGAAGCAUUAUUAAAAGUAAUUCCACAAUACAGUCAACAUUUUGUAUUCUAUUCAGGCCAGAGGAAGGAUCAUGACCAUUGUAAGUCAAAAAACCAAGGAAGCAGGAAAAUUCUGAUUGUUACAGAACAAGAUGUCCCACAGCAGAUUCAAUCCACAGAUCCAGGGCAAGGACAGAACUUGAAGAAAGACCUCCAGACUCAAAAUGGCAUGAUAUAUACAAGUUUAAAGAUUCCUUUUCUAAACUCAGAGGAAUCAUCAGUUGGUGAAGAUAUAAUUGGCACAGAAAAAUAUGGCAUCCCAAUUGACGGGAAGCAUGUGAGGGAACCACACAGCCAAGGUAAAGAGGAAAAAGCAGGGUUUAAAGAUGAUCUACAGGCAGCAGCUGUACUGGAAUCUUCCAGACUCUCCACAAUUGAUCUACCUGAAUCCAAAAGGCAGAGAAAGACAUUUACAUCUAGAGUCAUAAAAAGAAAAAUGAGUCCUACAAGGAUAAUUAUGAAGGCAAAAAAAAUACCAGUUUCGAAGAUAUUUAAUAUUCCACAGAGUGGUUGUCGAAAACAUUUUUUAUCUCCAAAGACCCUAAUGACACAGAUUGUUGAAUUUUUAUCAUGCUGUAGCAGCAUCAUAUCUUCUGGGUUUCAUAUGGUCAUACUGGAAGAUCCAAUAGUAGAGAAAAAGAAAAUAUCAGCACAGGAAAUGCCAGCAAUGAUUUUGGAGUGUUUGGAUUCCUCCACACUUGCUUUACCUGUAUCUAAAAGAGAGAGGAACAACUUAAUGCUAAUGAAAAGGAGACAUAAGAUGAGACCAAAAUGCAUCACUCUGAAGGCAAAGAAGACACCAUUCUCCCAGACAUUUAAUAUCACAGGACGUCACACACCAUGCCAAAGAAGGCAAUUCAACUCUGAAACAACAACUAAACAAGGUAAACCUGCGGCAGAUAUAUUCCUAAAUGCCACUGGCUUUCUCAUGCCUGUGCUGCUUGACACAAAAGUAUGUGACAGAGUGGAAGAGACCAAGAGGCUGGGGAAUACACAGAGUAGCAAUGGGUUACAACAGCAAGAGCAGUCAGCACACAACAAGACAGACCCACAUGCACAUCUGGGUGACGAGGACACGAGCCCUAAUGGCACUAAAGAUAUAAUAGAUCAAGGUGGAGAGACAGCCCUGCGGGUGUCCCAGCACUUCAGCUUCAGUGCUCAUGGAAUAAAGGCAACUAACUUUAAAUCAGAUCUAGAACUGAAGACUUCAGCAAGCAACAAAAUCCCAGACGUCUUUUCUACACCUCUAGAGCUGCAGCAUCAAAUAGUUGCCGAACAAAGUAGAUUAAAUUCUAUUGCAAAUACAUUUUCAUUUGAGAAGCUACCAAAAAGAACAAAAUCACAAAAAGACUUAAAAGAUAUAUGGAGUGGAAAGAUUUCAUCUCCAAUGGCAGAAAAAUCAGUUAGUGAACUUUUAAUUGAUACAACAAAUGGUCAUAUCCCAUUUGAAAGAGGCACUGGGAAGGAAUUUGCUAGUCUUACUGCAGAGGGAAAGGUAUGUUUGCAAAAGGACUUACAAGAUAGAACUCUAGAGCCUCUUGAUUUUUCCAUGCCUACUUCGUUUGAAUUUAAAGGGCAAAGAAAUGCAGUACAAAUUGCUAAAUCCAUAACUGGGAAAACACAGAUGCCAUUAGUUUUUGAGAGAAGUAAUAUCACUAGAUAUUGUGCCCUUAGUUGUAGAAAGAAAAGGAAACUCAUCUUGAAAAACAUGACCAAAGAAACAUGUCAAGAUAUAUCAAAUAAAUUUAUGAAUACCUUUUUUUCCACACUUGUUUCACCUGGCAUCAAAAUGCAUAAAAAAGCUGAAUCAACAAGAAGCCCAUUAAAAAAAACAAGCAAUGUUACACAGUUAAAGCAAGAUGAACUGAAAAGAUUAUAUAUAGAUCCCUCUAAUACAUGGACUGUGUCAAGCAACACAUUAGAAACAAGAUGGCAAAAUGAAGAAGAAAGAAAGGGCAAAGAAGUUUUACUUGAAGCAAGUCCACAAUUCCUGAAGAGUGCAGAAAAUAGAAAAGGCCAAAGUCUGCUUAUUCCAGAGCAAGAUAUACAGCAAAAAACAGUUUCAGAAAAUACUCUGGAGGUUUUUUGUUCUCCUCUAGUGACUUCAUUUCGAAUUAAAAAUUUACAGAACAUUCCACUUCAAAAAAACGUACUACAUCAAAUAGGUGAAAAGUUUCCAUGUCCAAAAUCAGAGAGGGCAAUAUUUGAUGAACUUUUAAUUGAUGAAAUAGAAUAUAAUACAAUAUCUAAUGGGGAUCCUAUGAGGAUGCUAGAGGUUCACAGUGCAGCUUCCCCACAAUGUGAGGAAAGAGAGAAAAAUGUAAGUGCACCAAAAGUUAUAAAAUACACAGUUGAUCAAAAUAUCCUACCUAUCAACUCAGGGAACUUAGUGUUUGGCAAUCCAUGGGAUACAACUUCUUUAAAGAAACUGGGUAGUCAUAUUGCUAAGAAAGAUGAUGAGGUGCAAAGAGAUUUCCUAACAUUGGGAAUGGUGUCUUCUUUAUCUGAUGCCAGAAGGCAGAGAGAUGUAUUGAAAUUUCCAGAAAGUCAAGCUCUCAUGAGUCCCAAACGUGUAGCUAUGAAGGCAAAGAAGCCUGUUUGUUCACAAAUGAUGAAUGUCAUCAAGCAUGGCAAUCUGUACCAUAGGGGGAAAGAGGAAUGCAAUGUAAAAUCUUUGCUAAAAGACAACCAACAAAAUGAAAGUAGAGCUCACACAUUUUUGUUUCCUUUACCUGUCUCAACUGGUACCAAAGUAGACAGUGAAGUACAUAGGUCUUCAAAAACUGAGAUGGAUGAACCAAGAGUAAAAGUAUACCAUCAAACCCAUCCAGAGUUAGAGAAGUUGCCACAUGGAGACACACAAAAAAACGGUUUGACUGGUUUGCAAAACAGACCUAGUGAUGCAGUGAAAAUGAAUGUGCUACACGCAGAGACACAGGAGGAUAUCUCAGACGUGCCAUCGGGGUCUGGUCCACACUGCAGCCAGCACUUGAGCUUCAGUGUAUAUCAAAUGGAAGCCCUUGAUUCUCACAAAUCAGAGUCUGAUCUGAAGAGGUCAGAAGGCAGAAGGACUCAGAAUUUGUCCUAUAUAGCACAGGAAACACACCUUCAAGAAGAAGAUGUGUUUAAGAGAAGCCACCAGUUUCAAGAAACUAUUUUGGAGCCUAUUUCUGGACACACGAUAAAUUUUCAAGUUGAAACAAUGCAAAGAAGUCCUCAUAUGCAGGAAGAAGUAAAAAUUAUGGCAGGUCUAAAGACAUCAUCUCCAAAUGCAGAGGAAUUAGAGAUCAUUUCAACAGUGUCUGAUUUGUCCUGGGAUGGAAAUGCUAGACAGAAAUACGAUUAUCCAGUUUCUGGGGAAAAGGCAUACAAUCACAAAGACUUAUUAAGAACAUCUUUAAAACCUUUAGAUUUCUCCAGCUUUGUAUCUUAUGAAUCUAAAAGUGAGACCUACACAUUAGAUUUUGUAAGCAAAAAAAGUAUACUGAGUCCUAAGCAUAUAACUUUGAAGGCAAAACAACCACCAAUUUCAAAACUGCUUAAUAUCUCAAGGUAUCCCAUGGGAGGCCAUAGAAAGAAAAAGUACAACAUAAAGCACAAGCUGAGAGAGGUGCAGUGGUAUGCUAGUGUCAGAGAAGUAUUACUUGAGGCCUCUGAAGAUGCUAAGAGUCUUCCCCUCAAAUUAAUGAUUGAUAAGCUCUCAUUGGAUACAACUGUGAGGGGCAUCCAGUCCAACAGAACAUUUCAAAAAACUGUGGUAGGUCAUAUUCCAGAGGAAAAGGCAGAGUUAGAAGAAAAUGUAACCAAAACUUUGUUGGGGCCUUCUGAUUUUUUCAUGCCUGGUUUCUUUGACUCUAAAAGCCAGGCAAGCACAGUACAAUUGUCAGAAAAUGAAACUAUAUUGAAUCCCAGGUGUUUGGCUACAGAGGAAGAGAAGCCACCAGUUUCACAGAUACUUAAAAGCAUUAGACACUUUGGCACAAAACAUAGCAAGAAAUUUAAAUCUAGUUUAAGAACCAGCAUGAAAACAAUGUGGCAAGGUAGAAGCAUGACUGGCACAUUUCCAAGUACCCGUUGCUUUGCACCAAAUACCUCUGACAUUAGAAAGCAAUGUAAGUUAGAAAUGGAGGCAGACGUGGCAGUACCAAGGUUUAGUCACACACAGCUAACACAGCAGUCGCCAGCCGGAGGCCUGUCACAUUCCAAUUCCAUUGACCAGAGCAGUGCCUCCAGCUUUUUAAGGGAAACAGAAUUACAUGAUGGAGAAUGUGGGAAAGAGAAAAGAGAACCUCCAAUAAAAACUGACUUAUUCUACAUAAAAAGCUUAACAAUAAAUGCACAUCCCAUAAAAGUACCCGAUCCUGGCAAAUCAGAAGUCAUUCUUCUAGGAAAAUCAUUUUUCCCCAAAAAACAGGUGUAUGAAGGGGAUCCAGGAAAAAAUGUCAAAAUAGAAAACAUAGAAAAUGUGCAAGCAAGUUUCGGAGUUGGACACUCCAAGAUGGAGAAACCACAUAUUUUUGCAGAUUUAAGUGAACCAAAAGAUGAUGCUGUAUUUAGUCAAUAUGAUCAAAAGGGAAUUGACCAAUCUGUUUUAAAAGAAAAAGCUCCAUACCAUUUGGCUGGAACCAUAGAUUCUGUUGGCAGGCAUUUAACUGUGUCAGAAGGAAUUGAAAGACAGAUUGACAAUCUAAACAUAGUUAUCACAAGUCCAAAAGGCAUAAUAUCAAAGGUAAAGCGAUUGGCAGUUUCACAACCACUUAAUCAUGCAGGUCAUGCUGCUCUAAGCAUUACUGAGAAACCGAAGUGGAAUUUUGAAACCCAAAAGAUAAAAGUAGAGAGACAAAAGGCUGUACCAAGUACUGAAGUAAAAUCUGUAUAUGCCUCUAUGCCAAUGCUACACGGUGCUACAUAUGCCAGGGAUACAUGUGAAAAAUCUUCGAGGGGAAAUGCUCCUAAUAAAGCAGAAGUUAGGGAGAAAGAGGAGUAUGGACAACAGAUUUUGUCUAGAUCAGCUCCACAGGAUAUCCAGCCAGUUGAGUUUGGAGCAGAUCAAUUGAGAGAGCCUGAUCCUUUCAGCUCAGAAGCACCUUCAGUCAAUAGAGUGUGCCCCAAGAUGACCACUUCUCAGAAAACAGAAAUUUAUUUAAUAGAUCAAGAAGCAGAGAGAAAACCUGUGGAGUUGCUUAGUCCAGAGUUGGUUUCUUUCUCUAAUGUAAAUCCUCUUCAAAUUGGAAACCAGAAGAAAAAAUCCAAGACUGCAAAUGGUGAAACGGUAACAAAUCUCAAGACAUUUGCCCUGCAAGAGAAACAGCAAGAGCCCAAAGAAAAAUUUAGGGAAAAAGAGGAAUAUGAACAACAGAUUUUGUCUAGAGCAGCUCCGCAGGAUAUCCAGCCAGUCGAAUUUGGAGCAGAUCAAUUGAGAGAGCGUGAUCCUUUCAGCUCAGAAGCACCUUCAAUCAAUACAGUGUGCCCCAAGAAGAUCACUCCUCAAAAAAUAGAAAUUUGUUUAAUAGAUCAAGAAGAAGAGAUAAAACCUGUGGAGUUGCUUAGUCCAGAGUCGGUUUCUUUCUCUAAUAUAAAUCCUCUUCAAAUUGAAAUCCAGAAGAAAGAAUUCCAGACUGCAAACAGUGAAACAAUUACAAAUCCUGAAACCUUUGCCCUGCAAGAGAGACAGCAAGAGCCUGUUAUUUCAGGAAAUAUCUCAAGUUCUCCUUAUGCCUUCAUACCCAUGUAUCCUAAAAUUGUAAGACACAAUUGUACGGUGGAAACAGCAUAUGUGAAAAAUGCUAGACAUACCAAACAGGUACGACUGAAGGCAAAGAAAAGACGAGUUUCCUGGAUGCUUGGAUGUGGUUCAAGAAACAAUAAGGAGGAGCAGGGAGGAAACAUUCAGCAGGAGAAAGCAUUUCAGUUGAGUAAAGCUGCAACAAACCCAGUUCUGAAAGCUGAUUUUGACUCUCGAUCCCCUGUGUCUUCCAAUAAAAAGCCUAUAGAAAUAAAAAUGAAGAAAGACAAGUUGAAGAAGGGGGUAAACAUUUUUUUACAGCUAAUGCCAGAGAAACCACUAAGCGACAGGCAGAUAUCAUUGUCAGAAUGUGUUGACAUGGCCGGCAUCAUUGAAAAACCAGAAGAGAAUAUUAGAAAAGAACAAACCCACCAAUGUACUUUAGUAGACAUGCCCCAGCAAUACCUACAACAAUUACCGAUUAGGUCAGAACAAAUGAAAAGGCAUCCUCAUGUCAAAUUAGAAUAUUUGGAAAGAAAGGUGUGUCUUGAGCCCAUUUCACAGAAAGAUGAAACUGAUUACAUUGGACUUGACCAUGACAAAUUAAAAGUUGAUUUGGAAAAAGAAAUACACCCUGUUAUAUUUUCACAGAAGAGAGAAAUUAGUGGUGGUAGGCUCAGAAAACCAAGAACAGAUACAGAACUUGAUUUCUUCACUGCACAAGGAGAGAAACAAAGAAUUGCAGAUGUUGCUGCACAUUCAGUUUCAGUUCCACCCAGGAAAGAAAGAGCAAAGAAAACAGAUAUUUCAUUAAGUUCAGAAGGACAGAAUAUAUUUACUUAUAAAAAGCCAGAAUCACGGAAACAAGAAAGUACUUUCCUGGUAGACAUGGAAUCUGUUUCCUAUCCCAUUAGAGAACCUCUUCAUUUAGAAAACACAGGACAGGUAGCUAAGGAAGAUAUGCAUGUUAACAGAAAAAAUAUUUCACAUCUAUUGGGAAGAAAAGAAUUAAAGGAAACAGAUAUCUUAAUAGAUUCCAAAGGACAGAAAUUUCUUUAUUCAAAGCUAAAGGAUCCACUCAAAAUUUGUGCAGAGCAGAGAAGACAUGUGAAACCAAGUCAUACACCUGAAAGUAUGGAUUCUGCAUCUUGCCCCAGUAAGGACCCUCUUCGUUUAAAACAGGCAGUAAAUACAAGGAAAGAAAAUGGUAGGCUCUCUCGAAGUUUCAGUGUAAAUCAACGGGGAAAAGAACAAACAGAAUUAACUGAUAAUCUAUUAAAAUUAAAUAGACAGAAAGUGGACUUUUCAAAAAAAUUGAGGGCAAGGCAACUGACUACUUAUAACCAGCACAAAGACAAGAUUUUAGAAUCUAUUUUCUCUCACACAUUACAUCAUCUUCAUAUUGAAAAUGCAAAGAAACAAACCUCAGCAAAAGCAAUACUAAAGUCAGAAGUCUUGAAAAAAGCAUCAGAUGAAGUGAGUGUUCUGGAAGAUCAACCUCCAUGUACAGAAGGAAUUAAUCUGCCUAUUACAGGAACAGAAGAACAUCUACAAGAGAGUAUAUGCACGGUUUUUCCAACAUCUGUUACUCAUCCUCUGAUGGGUACACAUCAGUUUAAUUUGCAGGUAAAGAGAACAUUAAAUGCAAGAGAUAAUCCAUGCUAUCACACUUUGACUACAGAAAGAAAACAGCAAAAGAAAAAAAGUAUGUAUAAGGCUCUUCCACAGUCCACAUCUGAAAAUGAUAGUCCAAUGCUAGAUGCUGUAAAUAUCAUGCAUUGUGACUCUUCAGCUUCACAGAUGAGGAAAACAUUAAAGCAAAUGGAUGUUACAAAUGGAUAUACUCAAAAAAGGAAAGAAGCACCAAAACAGCAGGACCUAUCAAUUUCCUAUGAGAACUUGAAGGAGCGAAUGUUUUACCCUCAAAAGUAUCCCUGUCUCUGGCCACAUUCAAUUCCUCUAACAAGAGAGGUAUUAGCAGAAGUGGGUAGUGCAUUAAGCAGGGUAGAAGGACAAAAUCUGUUUUCUACAGAUCAACCAAGCACUGCAUAUAAGUGUGGACUAGAACAGAGUGUGUCUCCAGUUACUCCAAGGGACAUGAGAAAACAAGACAAAAUGCCUGUAGAACAAAGCACAGAAGCUAAGAAACACAUGACUGGUUUAUUUUCAGAAAAAAAGCCAUCAUCAUAUGGGGCACCAGUAACAGAGACAAUAUCAAAUGGAAGUUCAUCCAAACUAAGAGUUGGAAUGAAGGUAAAAUCACAUAGGGGAAUUCCAGGAAAGGUGCACCUACAUAGAAUACUAUUACAUUCUCUGUCUAUAUGUAUGUCUGUUUUGCGUGAAAGUCAAAGACAGAAGGGUAGCCUAAAACAAGGUGUUAAGAAAGACAUAAUAUGCCCCAAAAGAAAAGCUCUAGAGUUGAAGAAUCUCUCCAGUGUCACUCACUCUGAUACCCCAAGCAACAGAGUAGAAGGGCAGUGGAAUGUAAAAGAGAAAACAGUAAGUACAAGACCCAGAAAGGGUGAUCCAGAUUUGGAUGUGAAAAAAACAUAUCAGCCCAUGCUUUCUUUACCUCACUUCAAAUUGGAUAAAGAAAAAAUCGAUGGGACUACUUCAAAUGUAAAAAGAAGGAAACAACAUAUAUCACAGGAAGAGAAGGAUAGAGUGAAAGCUCUGGAAAUGGAAGAAAAAAUGAACCCAUACUUCACAAUGAAGUCAGAGAAAUCACUGUCACAUAUGCUCAACAGAAAGGACUUGUCACUGUUGAAGAUUAUAAAACCAGAAAGCAGGGUACAAGAAGAUAAAGGUAAAUUGGAUGUGGAUCUAAGACUCUCCUAUGCUUCUUUACCAUCUCUGUCACAUUCUAAUUUGAAUCCUAGGAUAAAAGUAAGAAAAGAUAAAUCAAGAAUACCAAAGGGCUGCCUUCCACCACUAAAGCCCCAGGCAUCGUUAAAUAUCAGAAGAAUAUCAUAUUUGGAGUCAAUGACUCGAUAUCGCUUCAAUAACAUAAUGGAAUCAAAAUGUUUGCUACAGAAGAAAAGGAGAGGUAGAGGAAAUAUAGUAGAUCUGAAAGAUAUAAUUGGCCUCAUAUAUAUCAUUCUGAAGGGAAAGAAUUCACCUUUUAAACACUUAGUGAAUAGGAAGGAAUUACAGUGGUCCAACAAAAAAACAAAGAAAAUUAUGCAGGAGGAUAAACAAAAUCAAGACAUAAUUCAGAAUGAACUCUGGGAUUCCAUUCCUCCACCUCACCCAGAAUGGGAUCCUACAAUAAAAGAUCUAUACAUGCAAGGAAUCGUAAGGUUCUGUCUUCCAUUAUUGACACUCCAGGAAUUGUCAGAUGGAACAGAACUAUAUGAGGAGCCAAUUGAUGAUGUCUUAAGCAGUAUAAAAAGAGCAAAAUACAUGCAAAAUAUAUAUCCUACCCCCAACAGUGUAAAAAAUGCUGUAGUAGUUACAAUGCAGAAAGAAGAGGAAAGUGUAAAAAUGGAAAAAGUAAUGCUUUUGAAAGAAAGAAAAUCAUUGGCAAUUUCACAGGAAAUUCAGUUAGACAUCAAAGAGCAAGAUAAAAAUCUGCCAAAAGUUAAAGAUGAAUCAAAUGAGAUUUUGACCAGUACUGAUACAUACAUACCACCACCUCAUUUAAAAUUGGAUAUGAGGAGAAGAAAAACAAACCAUGGAACUGAGGUGAGAAGAUACUUUCUUCCAGAACUAUCCUACCAGAAAUCAUCAGAUGCAGUGAGAAAACCAAGCAAAGAGUCCAUUGAGGGUGAUAUCACAAGUGGUACACAAAAAUUAAAAGAAUUUAUGCCACAGACAGAAAAGGAUGAUGUAAAGAAAUUAGCUGAGAAAUGCACAAUGUAUCCAAAAGCCAAAGGUUUGGAAGGAAAUGGAGCACUUUCACAAGACCUACCACCAAAUUCUAAAGAGCAAGGGAAAACAGAUCCAGAAGGCAAAAGACAAGGGAAAGUCGACAAAGGUCGUCAAGAACAGGGGAAAGCAGUUGCAGCAGGUAAAGCCCAGGACAAAUGGGAUCAAGAAGGCAAAGGUCAAGGGGAAGUGAAUCAAAACAAUAGAAAGCAAGGAAAAAUAGACCAAGAAAGUGGAAGUGAGCAGGAAAUGGUUCCCCAUGUACAUAUGCCUUCCGAACCUCCUCUGAUUUAUCAUAAGGCAGGAAAAGAAGAUACGCACAAAAUAACAAGAUCUCAUAUUUCACCAUUACAGGACCAAAAAUUAUCUGACAGCAGGCAGAUGAUGCAUACAAAAUCAACUGGGGAGGAGAAAUCACAUGAUGUAAAACCCAUACAAAAAUACAAGGCCCAGAAAGAGAUGGAGAGAAAAAACACAGUAAAUAUGAAACAUAGAGUACACCCUGAGGAUGUGACUUUCAAGGCAGAUCAAUUAUCACUUCCACAUGAACCCAGUAUCACUGGCCAUGGUGACCCAAAAACUAGAAGACAGACAAACGUAAAUGAAAAAUUGGGACGUGUACAGGAAAGAAAACAUGAACUAGAUGAGGUACUUCCUUUACCUCACUGUAAAUCAAACAAAGGGAUAGAAGUCAUAGAACAAAAACAAAAAGUAUCAAGGUCCUUUCUUCCCCCUUCAUACCACAUGGAAUCUACAGUUGUAGGGAAAUUGAAUUAUAAAGUGUCACCUUUGAAAGACAUCUCCAGUGAUUCAAGAAGAACAAAAUGCAUGACACAUGGAGAAGAGGAUAAAGAAAAUGUUUUAAAGAAAAGCAUAAUGUAUCCCAAGGACACAUCUGGGAAGGCAAAGGAAUCACUCCUUGAUGAUAUAUUGAAAAUAAAGAAACUGCAGGUGAACAUCACACAGCAAAACAAACAGAGACGGGAAGGAAAUGAGGAUACAGAUGUUCUUCUCAACCAAACUUACUCUUUUAUCACUUCUUUACCUCUCUUUGAAUUAGACACAAUAAAAGAAGAAGAUGAACCAGGAAAACUAAAAAGUUAUGUACCACAUCCUGUGCUGCAUGUAUCAUUUCCUUCAGGACAAAUAAGACUUACAGAGUCCAUUUCUAGCUGUGCAAAGAAAGAAAGCCAUGCAAAGCCAAGAAAACAGUGUUUAUCACAGGAGGAAGGCAGAAUACAACCCUCAGCCACAAGGGGCUUGAUAGGCCCCAGUGGCACAGCUGUCCAGGCAAAGACCUCAGCAUCUUCUCAUGUGGUCAAUAUCUGUGAGCACAGUGCUCUGCGCAACACUCAGGAAGCGCAGGGGGGCAUUAUAGGAAAAGUAGGACUGAAACAAGAAAAAACAAGAGAUCCUAAUGUGGUUCAGGCAGAAAUAUGUCCUUCCAUACCAUCUCCAUCUCACCACAGAGUUGCUCCUUCACAAGCAAAGCUUCCUCAAUUAUUAGAUAUAGGGAGAAUUGGACAUGCUGGUUUUCGUGAAGGUGUUAGCUCACGUAAUAUAACAUUAGGAGCAAAGGGGCGUGUGCCAUGCAGAGAGGUAAGGGACAAAGUGAAAGUAAAAGGCAGAGAAAGUAUUAUAAUAAGUGUGAGAACAGAGGCAUCCCCGCAUCCACAUCUAUACGAUAGAAGGAAACUACCUUUGAAUAUUAAAAAAGAAAGGAAAGGAGAGCAAGAAGGCAAAAGGGAACCAGGAGUCGUUCUGAGGAAAAGCUCUUUACCUUUUCCAUCUUACCUGGAGCAGGACACUAGAAUGAAAAAACAGGAAAGAACCCUUGGAAGAACACAGUUCUCUUUUCCACCAUUAACGACUCAAGAUGCAUCAGAUUCAGAUAAAAAAUCAUGUACCGAGUCAUUAGAUAGUUACAUGUUGAGCAGCAUUAAAGAAUCAGUACAGUCCAUAGCACAGCAAGAAGAAAAAGAUAGAUUCAAAAUAGACAUAAAAGACAUCAAGCUCCCCAAAUAUGUGAUGGUACAGAAAUCAUCACUUUCAUAUUCACUCAAUAAUAAAGCACUGCCAUGGAAAACCAAGGAACAAAAAGAAAAAAUGCAGGAAUAUAAAACUAAACUACUGGUGGGUCUGGCAAACAGAAUUAUAAAAUCAUGUCUCUCACUUAGGCAGUUCAAGGAAUCAAGUACAGGGAGACUAGCAUAUCCAGAAACAAUUGAUGGAAAACUUUCAAAUGAGGUAGAAGAAUUAAAAGAACAUAUGCUACAGAAAGAAAACGAAGGAGAAAAAGUUGUGGGUAUGAAUGUCAUAGUGGAUCCCAAGGACACUUGUUUGAAGACAAAGAAAUCAUGUAUUUUACAUACACAAUUAGGUAACCUUCAAGGGAAAUCUAGAAAGCAAGAGGAAAAGGUUCUAGACGUUAAAAGUGAGGCAGAUAUAGUGCCCAAUGAGACUUCUGCUGAAUCUCCACUUCUGCCUGAUGUGAAUUCUGGGAUCAAGGAAGAAAGCACACCAGCGUGGGCAAGAUCCCUUUUUUCCAUAGUAAACUUCCAGGAAUCAUUGAAUUCUGAAGGAGGCAUAUGUAUAAAGCCAAUUACUGGUGAUAUUUUAAUUUGUCUACCAAAAGGAAAACAUCAUGUCCAACAGAAUGAGGAAGAGGAUGGAGUACAAAUAAUAAAGUUCAUGUUCCCCAAAUGUCAAGAAAGGAAGGUGCAGAAACGUCCAGAGGAACCUUCAGCUUCAUUGCCAACUCUGCCUCAGCGCAAGUUGGAUACCAAAGUAGAAAUAGAUGAUGAACUGCUAAGACUUCCAAGGUCUGCUUUGCCAAAAAUAUCAAGUGCAGGGAAAACAGUACCUACAGGGUCAGUUGGUAAUGAUACCAUGAAAGAUGUUAAAGGUGAAAAACAACAUAUGCUUCAGAAAGAAAUGAUAGAUAGAGGGAAAAUAGUAGGUAAGGGAAGCAUAGAUAUAUCUUUGAAGUCAAAGAAAUCACCUUCUUCCCAUAAACUCCAUAGAUCAGAACUGCAUAUGAUUGUCAGAGGACACAAAGGAAAAGAACAUGAAGGUCCAGGUGAACCACAAGGUAUAGUCCCGAGAAAAAUUUAUGCUUUCAAACCUUCUCCACCCAACCCUAAACUGGAUAAAGAUACACAAGUAAAUGAAGAAGAACUUGGAAAUAAAACAUUUCUGUUGCCACUAAUGUGUUCAGCACUAUCAGAUGCAGAGAAAAUAGCACAUACAAAGGCAAUAGGUGGUGAUGUAAGGCAAAGAGACCCACAGAUGUCAUGGAAAGAAAAAAGGUAUGAACUGAAAACAGUAGAUAUGAGGAUCGGGGUGCAUUACAAAGAGGCAAGGAUUUCACCCAUUUCACAUAUCCUUAAUAUGAAGGAGUUUGUACUGAAUAUGAAGGUGCUGGAGAAAAAAGUGCAUGAAGGAAAAGAUGAAUCACGUGUGGUUUUGACAAGGACUUUUCUUUCCAUACCAUCAGCACCUCUCCUUUCUCCGGAUUCAGGGAACAAAGUAGAGGAAGUCUCAGCAAGAAUGUCAGGACCCUCUCAUUCACAACAGAAUCUCCAGGAUUUAUUAGAUGCCCAGAAAAGAGCGUUCAGAGAAUCAGUUGAAGAUGAUAGUAAAAACACCAUGAAGCAAAGGAAACAGGGUGUGCCCCAGAAAAAGGCGGAGCAACAGGGGGCCUCAGACUUCAUGAUUGGAGCCCAGCAAAGGAAUGACGCACCACAGGUUAAAUCAGAAAGAGAUUUAAUUUCAAAAGAUGAGAACGUUAAUUUCACAAGAUUUGGUACAACACAAAAUGAGAGAAGAGUGGAAUUGCACUUUACAGGACAAAAGGCUCAACCAGAAAGAUGCAGAGAACCUUAUGGUAUGUUUUAUUCCUACCACACAAUGGAUGCAAUUAAAAUUGGAAAUCUGAAGAAGAAAACUGAAAUAACAUGUAACAUAAAUCAGAAAGUAAGUCCUAGGGUUUCAGCUUCCCUGCCAAGGGAAACAUCCAAGGAAAUAUAUAUCAAAUUUGGCACCCACAUAGGUUCAAAAGGAAUUUCUUUUCCAGAGAGAGAUGCCCACCAACAGGAAAUUUCAUCAGAAGUGUCUCUAGAAUAUGUGGAUUCAUGUGAAUUUGAUAUGCCAGAGAAAGAUGUACAAAGUAAUAAUAAAAUAAGCAAAAUGUUUUCUCCCAAAGUGUUAGCACCACAGACAAAGCAAUCACUUGAAAAAAUAAAUCGCACCAAGUUAGGUACAUCUCAAAAUAAAGAACAAGGCGUUAUCAUGGAAAAGCAAGCAGUGCCGUUGUCUGAGAGUACACAGGAGACCAGGCCAAAUUCUGUGUUUUCUCUUCAGUCUCCACUUCAGGAUGGAAAGCACAAGACACCGUUGGAAAUAGAUGUAGACAAAAAAACUACAGCAGACUCCAGCCCACAAAUAUUACCAGGAAUCCACGUGGAUAUUACAGAGUGUGAUGACAUGACAGGAAAAGAAAGUCAGGCAUUACUGGUUUCAGAACAAGAGCAAUGUGUUAUAGAGUCCUUUAACCCACUCUGUACUUUUCAAUUUCAAUCUGAACUUCUGGUGGAAGAAGGUGAAGUUAACACAGUACAUUUGGAACAGAAGUUAGAGAUGGCCAGUGACAUUACUGUGAAUCAGGAAGAAGGGAAAUUGAAAGUACACACAGAGAGAGCUAUACAGCUGAAAGAGAACAAAAUGGAAAUGCACAAGAAUAAUUCUGUCAGUCUGGAGAAGGAGGACACAGGAUCAGCCUCAAACCGUCCUGCAAGCCUUCAUGAUUUAUCUCCAAGAACAGAGGAGUCUCAGAGCCAGACUCCGGUAAUCACACCUAAGGAAAACAUCCGCCCCAUCAAGCAAAAGCACAAAGAGGAACUAGGGUUGUCUAAGGUAAAAGAAAACAUUCAAGUACAAAAACCACUUCAAAGAAACACUCUGGAUUCACUUUAUGCCUAUAUUCCUCUUUCCUUCAAAGGCCAGAAAGGCAAGUUGACAACUGCAGAUCUGGAAAGAAAACUAAACCACAGACACUUAACUAUGAAAGUCCCAAAUCACCCAGUUUUACAGAUUCUUGGUUCCAUAAGACGUAGUUCUCCAAGCAAUAGGAUGAAAUUGCAAUAUGAGUUUAACAAAUCAAAUAGAGAAGUUUCUUGGGAUAAAGAUGCCCCAGGAAUAUUUAUCAGACAUCUUCGUAUUUCCAUGAAGAGUCCGCCACAAAGUGAAGAAACUGUAAAAUCUAAGACAAACCAACAACGGGAAAAGAGAGUUUGUCUUUCUAAAUUCCGGGGGCAAUCACCAAAUGCUGGUGAAAUUGUCAAGAGAGACACCUCAACAGUUGUAAAAAGGGAACGAAAUUUUAAAGACACAGUUCCCCAGAAGUCUCAACCCUUUGCAGUGCACAAACAACAAAUGCAGAAGCAUUCUCGUGGUAAGUCAGAAGCAAGCCUCAAGAGUAAAACAAGUAGGAAAAGAGAAGUCAGUAAAAAAACAGGUCAGAAAACUCCACAAACUGAGAAAAGGAUUAUUCCAAGUCAUGAUGCCCCAAGGAGCAUAAAAAAACCUGAUUCACAUAUGAUUGAGCAAGAAGAAAAGAUACCAAAAUGCAUUCUGACACCCACAGAGCAUCCAUCCAUGUUUAAAGGUCCAAAGGAGAUUGUGGAGACUCACAUGAGAAGGACCAUAAGUGUGAAUGAUCCAUCUCUAGAGGAGGAAGAACCACAGUAUGAGACUCCUCUUGAUGCCAGGGGGUGUUCUUUGUUUCCUAAGCACAGAGAUCAGGGUGAACCAGCAUGGGACACCACCUCCCAAGAGGUCCAGCAGCAAGUAGCUGUUCCAGGAACUGUGCCCACAUCACUGCAAGUUACAAGUGACGAGACCAAAACACCUUCAAGUGCUACAAGUGCAGAAAGUUUAUUUUUCAUUUAUGAAGCAAUUAAAGCUGCCCUUGACUUCCAGGUAAAAAGUAUGAUCCAAGACAACGUUUCUUCUGAGAAACUGGACAAAUUGCAAGCCGGGAAGUCUGAUGACUCAAUGUCACCCCCUUUUCCAGAGAGUCCAGAUACAACAUCAACAAUAGUGAGUUCCAAACCGCAGCACAAACCCCUUUUAAGACAUUUUAAUCCUGAAAAUAAAAAUAAACUCACCAAUCAUUUGGGGUCAAAAGCACUUGAAAUAAAACUGAGUCUGAUGCCAGAGGUGGCAAAAAAAUCCUUACAAAUGUUUGACUUUUGUCCCAGAGAGGCUAUUCCUGAAAAUAACAGUUGGAGGCUCUAUCCACGGCAUAAACAAAUGAGUCUUAUGUGUCCAGAAGGGGUGGAUAGUGUAGAACUUAACUUAAAACAUGAUUACCAAGAAGAUUCACCUCCUCUCAGCUGUAUGAAGACACUGCUGGUUAAUGUUUCAAGCAGCAGCAAUGAGCUCAUUUCAAAGUUAAACAGUAUUAAUAACCUAGAAAGUGAGAUGUCUUCAGUGAUUUUGACUAGUGAGAUGCCACUGCUUCAUAUUCUCCAGAAGUACUCAGUCAAAGGUAAAGACAAACUUGUCAUGCACUUUUCUAUGAAAAUAUUGGAAAUACAAAUGAAAGCCCUUCCCAGAGUUGUAAGAGAAUCUUGUGCAGUGGCCACUGCCCAGGAUAGAACAAAACCUUUAUCUAACUGUAUUCAUUCUGUCAAAGUCCCAAAGCGUAAAAACAGAAUUUUCUUACUUUUUGAAGAAAAAUCUCUUCAUCAAAUUGAUCUUGAUUUACAAUACAAAUACCUCCGCUUUCUGCUGGGGCUUUCUGAUGAGAGUAUGUUCCCCAAGCCAAAUGCACUUCCUAAACACAUUCUUAAACUAAACCCGAUUUCAAUAUGUAAAAAAGCAGGUGAUGGUAGAGAAAGCCAUUCUCUUUCCUUUGACACAGAACUGUUAGAACAGCAUAUUUCUUUUAAAAAGCAAAACCCCCACAAAAACUCAUUACACUUCAGAAAGUUCUUGGAGCCAUCCCAUACGUGUACCUCUGACGCCGGUCUACCCAGUAGGGAGCAGAAAGAUUCUAGGGCUAUUUCUGAGCUCAAAUCUGACAUGACUCCAGAAAAAGAUAAACAAUACAGUAUGUGGUUUCAAGAAACAAAUACAUAUAAGCCUUUUAAUUUAAGGAUGCAGGAGAACGAUACUGGUUUAGUUAACUCGCAUUCCACUCAGACUUCUGAAGAUUAUACUGAUAUUCAGAUAAAUACUGAGAGUUCAGCUAACCUGGACAAGUGCUUCUCCCCAGAGACACGUGAGAGUCAGGAAUGUAUGUUUUUAGAAACCAACCCUUACUUAAGUCGGGAGUCACAAAACGUUCUCUUGGAAUUACAGAAAGGCAUUCCUUUGAAAAAUUUUUCUAAGAUGAAAGAAGUCACAACUUACUUGCAGCAAUUUUGCAGGGAAGAUUUGGGCUCCCAUCAUAUUAGAGCCUGUAGGAAACAUACAUUUCUCAUGAAACCACCUUCCUGUGAAAAGCACAGAAGCAGGAAAUAUAGAUCAAAUAUAUUCCAAAUGCAGCCUCUUGAUUGUUCUCCCAGCUCACUUAAUACUGUGGACAUUCAGUCUCUGUCUCCUUCCAUCUCACUCAGAGAGGAGCAGCUUUCGUGGACGUCAGGGAGCAGGACAGGGUACUCUGUAGCUUCCUUAACUGAGUCAAAUAUGAAAUUACAUCUUGAAAAUGACCAAGACAAGUCUCACAUGUACCUGGAAAGCAAAGAAAGAAAGAAAGCCAAAUUUGAUUUAUUCAGAAAGAACAACAUUCAUCAGGACCAUAACUACAUUCAUACACCAGGUAAAGAGAUACACACAAGAAAGAGGAAAGUGUGUAAUUAUGACUCACAAGGAUCAACUUAUUCCCAAAGCGAACAUAGAUCAUCGUCAAAAACUCAUCACAUGGGUAUUAACUUCCAUUCUGACAAAAAACAAGACCAGCCCUUCUUUUAUGCCUGUGUACCAGCAGAUUCACUGGAGAUUAUACCCAAAACCAUUCGCUGGACUAUUCCUCAAAAAACCUUAAGGAAGGGAAACUUCAGAAUUCCACUGGUGGUAAAGACUUCAAGUCCUUGGAGUAUAUGGAGCUCAUCCAAAAAGUUGUUGGAGUCACUGUCAGGGUCCUUUAGUACAGUUCAUCAGAGUUGAUAUGUCAUCAUAUCUAGAUUCCUCUGGAUUGGAACUCUGGUCACUUGGUGGUAUUCCAUGACAAAUAAAGUAAUAGAAUGUCAAAUGAUGUCCUCAGGAAGUGUCUUCUCAGUUGUUGGCUUUAUUUCCACAGCAGAGUUUGCGUGUGUUCUGGCAAGCCAGGAUGGAAGAGCAGGUGACUUUGGGUUCAGUCCUACCAUGUCCAAACUCUCCUUUUAGUUGAUGCUGCUGCCUGACAAUCCUAAGAGGAGUGGUCCGCAGCCUAGAAGCCGUUUCACCCUACACCAUUGACUGAAGGGCCCGUGGGAGGAAUUGUAUCCCAUGUAUGAGAUGGAGACUGUUUAGAGAGUAAGGAGAGAAGGAGCACAGAGGCUGAAGGGGGAGUGUUUCAGAUGGCAGUGAGGAUUCCAGUGUCCAGUGCCACAGAAUAGAGAACAAAUACUGAGUUAUGAGCACUGAGUUUGACAACCAGAUGGAAUAUCUUAUACUAACAAUUCUAGAGAACUCUAGGGGUGUGUGUGUGUGUGUGCAUAAACACACAUACACACAAUAGUGUGAUAGACUUGUAUGUACCAAUUUACUGGAUUGCAGACUAUCACCCUAUAGCAAACCUGCAUUGUUCACUUCUCAUCAAUUCUCCUCCACUAGUAUUUUGAAACAUAUCCUAGAUAUGUUAUUUAGUCCAUAUUUUAUUGCAUAUCUCUGUAAACUAUUUUUUUAAUAUUUAUUUUUUGGUUGACACAAUAUCUUUAUUUAUUUUUAUGUGGUGCUGAGGUUCAAACCCAGGGCCUCACAUGUGCUAGGCGAGCACUCUACCGCUGAGCCACAACCCCAGGCCCUGUAAACUAUUUUUAAUAUAACCAUAAUCACAUCUAAAAAUACAGUAAUUGCUUCUUAAAAUCCAAAUAGAAUACACAAGUGUUACAGCAUAAUUUAAAAUGUAUUCUUUCGGAGAUUGCCUGUCACAAAAUAGAACAAAUGAGGCUAUUUCAGUAGCCUGAUUUCUUACCAUAAAUGAUACAGGAGGAUUGAGUGACUGGUUCUUAUGUUGUGAAGAACCGUCACUAAAAUAUCAAAUGUCCAUUUGUCAAAAGGGAAAAAAAGUUUAAAACUUGAAAAUAAAAUUAGAUACAAAGAGGUGUAUUUAUUCAGAGCAAGAGAAGAAAUCACACAUUUCAAUUUUUAUAAAGCUGAUUGAACCAAAUACAUUGUAAGUCCAGAAAAAUAACAUCAUAGUUAGCUGCGGGAUAGUCAUUUGCCUAUAUUUUUUGACUAUUUGAUCACCUUCAUAAAACAAUUUUGAAAUGUCACUUAUGUAAAGAUCAAAAGUAAUCUGGUCUUCUAGUGGUUGAUAGAUGUUAUUUAUCGUUGAUGAUUUAGAAAAUUCAGGCGCGCUCACUAACUCUGGCAACUUGGUAUCUAGAACCAUCAGACUUCAUUAGAAUAGGAGAUGGCAGAUGUGGUAAAGCAAACCAGUAAGUUAGAUAGCAUCAGCUAUGUGACUUCACCCGCAGAUGUCCUUGCUACUUGUGGUACUGCCAUAGAUUUGUAUCUAACAAAUAAAAUUCUGGUCAAUCUACACCAUGAAGUUCUCGUUUAAAAAAAAAAUAUGUAGUCAACAUAUAUCGUAAAUAUUUUCCUGUGAGAAGAGAACAUGCAUUUUGACUAGAUGUCAAAGAGAAAGAUUUAGCAGCUUAUAAUUUCACACAUCUGAUGAAUGACUGCAUCUUCCAAAGCCCACUUUCCUAACCUAGAUCUUCUUAGCUACCCACCUUCCUCCAGUUCCAAGUCCUGUAGGAAGCGUUCCCCCUAUGACAUAGCCCAGCUUGCACUUUUGUGUCCCUCCCUGGGAUGUGUUCUUCGCAAUGAAGGACUCCUAGAAGCAGUUUCUAUACCCAAAUAUGUGAAUGUCAAUCACAUUAUUAUAUAGCCCACCGAUAAACCAAAUAUAUCCUAACUCAGCUUGCUCUGAGCUCAAUCCCAAAAUGUUUGCAACUUCUCCAGCCUCACCAGACAUGAAACCAGAUGUGGAGGAUAAGUCAAAGUAAAAAGAGGUAAUGCUUUUAACUAAGGGCAGUGAAAAUAUUUUACAAAUCUGUGAGGCCUAAAACUCGAACUCGUUUAGCUUUUAUAGUAUAGAUGCUUUUGAAAAUCAGAUAACAUUAGUUUAUUAAUUUCCAUAUUUCAGCAACAGUUUUUCAAAUAUCUACCAUGUGCCAGACCUUGUCCUGAGCAUUGGACCUAACCAACAUUAACAAGCACAAUCUUGACUUGGAAAACUCAGGAGUUGGGUUAGGGAAGAGAAGCAGACAUUCUCCUGAAAGGCUGAUCCCAUUGUAGACAGACAGACACACACACACACACACACACACACACACACACAUCGACAUAGCCAGCUGCCAUCUCAUUACCACACACAUAGGUGUUGCUGGUAUCUUAGAUGGAGAAAAGAAAGCAGGUCUGAGGCCACAAUUAUUUAGACUAAACCAUCUGUCAAGAAUUACAAAUUUGGAAUGGAUGUUGACAAAAGGAUGAAUAUCCAAAUCGAGUCUUCUUUUAGAGACGCAAGAUUCCAGCGAACAGAGGUACAUGUUUCUUCUUGGGUUUAAAUACUCAGAGUAGAUGGUGGUGGUGUAGCCAUAUUCCAUUAAAACAGAAGUGAUACUAAUGCUCAAGUUUUAAGGUAAUGAGGAAAGUUGCUGGGGUGAGGUGGAGAGAAUGUUUGUCAUGAUUUAUACAUUGAAAGUUUUAGAUUUGGGUCUGAGAUUUCCUGCUGCACACAACUACACCCCUCACGGGCUUUGACUCAUUACUUGGAAGAAAUAGAGAAAGCAACAAGAAUUCAUCUGUAAGUCAGAGAUUCCCAGAUGUUCUCAGUUAAUAAUGAUUCAGAGUCAUAUUUUUCUAUUGUAGCUACAGGCCAAAAUAAAUAACAAUUAAGUAGCUAAAUCCAAACAACUUAAUGAGAAUUUAUAU